GCCGCCCCUCGGCCCCCCUCAGCGGGCUUGGGCCUCGUCCGCGGCGGCAGCAGCAGCGGGCGGGGGGCUCGGUCCGGCGGGCGGCCUGAGGUGGCCCACCCCCGGUCCGGUGCCGGCGGGGUCCCCGCGUCGAGAGGGUUUGUGGGUGACGUUGGGCGCAGCCUUCCCCGCGCAGGUGAGACGCGGACAAGCCCAGCGGGACAGGGAUGUCAUGCUUUUAAACAGGAGAGAAACCUGCUGAAUAGCCAGAACUAGACUCAACAACCAACUGAUGGAGGUGUGCAGCAAAAUGGGUUGAGUGAGUGCAGAACCACCUUAUUCCACUUUGUUCUUGCACCAUCUUCACUCUCGCUUCAGUGAGAACUACAUGUCUAAAUGGGUUUGUUAAGCUGGCAAAGAAGAACAGACAACCUCUGGUGGAAUUCUGUCUUCAUCAUGUUGUCUCACCAGUGCGGGCUGAGCUGAAACUUCCUGCAUCUUGGGGAGAGCAUGUAUAAAAGGAAUGAGCUCAUGGCCAAUGUGAUGGUCACCUCCGCCACUCCAGAGGGUAGUAGCAGCUCAGAUUCUCUGGAAGGGCGGAGUUCAGACUAUGCCAAUAAAAGCUACGAUGCAGUUGUGUUUGAUGUGUUGAAAGUAACUCCUGAGGAGUUUGCAAGCCAGAUUACAUUGAUGGAUAUGCCAGUAUUUAAAGCUAUACAACCUGAGGAACUAGCAAGCUGUGGAUGGAAUAAGAAAGAAAAACAUAUCCUCGCUCCAAAUAUUGUUGCCUUUACUAGGAGGUUUAACCAGGUCAGUUUUUGGGUUGUACGAGAAAUAUUAACAGCACAGACCUUAAAAAUAAGGGCAGAAAUACUGAGCCAUUUUGUGAAGAUAGCUAAAAAGCUUCUGGAACUGAAUAACCUUCAUUCUCUCAUGUCUGUGGUGUCAGCACUGCAAAGUGCACCCAUCUUCAGACUGACCAAAACCUGGGCUCUUUUGAAUCGCAAAGACAAGACCACCUUUGAGAAGUUAGACUAUCUACUGUCUAAGGAAGAUAAUUAUAAGAGGACACGAGAGUACAUCAGAAGCUUAAAAAUGGUUCCUACUAUUCCAUAUUUAGGAAUUUAUCUCCUGGAUUUAAUCUACAUUGAUUCUGCGUAUCCCGCUUCAGGCAGCAUUAUGGAGAAUGAACAAAGAUCCAAUCAAAUGAACAAUAUUCUCCGAAUAAUAGCUGAUCUGCAAGUCUCCUGUAACUAUGAUCAUCUUACAACACUGCCCCAUGUGCAAAAGUAUCUGAAGUCUGUUCGUUACAUUGAAGAACUUCAGAAGUUUGUAGAAGAUGACAAUUAUAAAUUGUCAUUAAGAAUUGAGCCAGGUAACAGCUCUCCUCGACUCGUUUCCUCCAAAGAAGAUCUUGCAGGUCCAUCUGAUGUGUCAGCAAUUAUGAAGUUCGGCAGGAGACCCACGUGUCCCGAUGCUUCAGUGUCGGCAAGUCUACCUACGCCUCCUGUACCAAGGCACAGGAAGAGCCACAGCCUGGGAAACAACAUGAUGUGUCAGUUCAGUGUAGUGGAGAGCAAAAGCGCCACCUUCCCGACGGAGAAGCCGCGGCACCUCCUGGAUGACAGCGUCCUGGAGUCGCACAGCCCAGCCCGCAGCCACGCACCCAACUCGCAUUUCACCAACGGCCUGUCCAUAGAUAGCAGUGAAAGCUCAGAAUUUAGUGAGGAGCUGCCGUCAGGGCUUGAAAGGGGUCGUUUAUAUGCCACGCUGGGGCCUAACUGGAGGGUACCGAUGCGGAAUUCUCCUAGAAGUCGAAGCUGUGUCUACAGCCCAACAGGGGCCUGCAGCUGCACAUUAGGUAGUUCCAUAGGAGUCAUUACCAUGGAAGGCCCAUUAAGAAGAAAAACAUUGCUCAAAGAAGGCAAGAAACCUACUCUCUCCUCAUGGACGAGAUACUGGGUUAUGCUUUCAGGAUCAACUCUUCUGUACUUUGGAGCAAAAUCUUUAAGAGGCACUGAAAGAAAACAUUAUAAGUCUACACCUGGUAAAAAAGUCUCCAUUGUGGGCUGGAUGGUGGCACUUCCCGACGACCCUGAGCAUCCUGAUAUUUUCCAGCUAAAUAAUCCUGACAAAGGCAAUGUUUACAAGUUCCAGACUGGUUCAAGGUUUCAUGCAAUAUUAUGGCAUAAGCAUUUGGAUGAUGCAUGUAAAAGCCACAAGCCUCAGGUACCUGCUAAUCUAAUGUCAUUUGAAUAAUUUGCUCUCCUACCUGGUGCGACUUCAAGUGCCAAACUGAAGAAACGGGCUAUUGUUCUCUAAGGAGGAAGAGGAGAAUGAUUUUCCUGACAUGAGCCAGCCACAAAUAUUACAGCACUUUCCUAUGUAACUUGAAAGUGAUUCUGACACAGCUUUUAAAAGCAGAAAGUGAAUGUUGUCCUUAGGACCUGGUAUAGUCUCAUGCACUGAGUGAAAGCAGACAAGUUAGAUGGACAGAAGAUUAAUCCUGACUCCUGCAGGAUUCUAGACCCCUCAACUUCUUGUGGUCAGAGACUGCCAUGAACUGAUGUCUGGCCACAAACUGAACAUCAUAUCUUCUGCCUAUUCUUUUUUAAACAGUUCUUUUUAUUGUUAAGCUGCUUUGUGUGACUGAAAAAUAUUUGGCCCAUGUUGGGUUUCAAUUCUUUCUAAUGCACAGAAUGAUUGACAGUGUUAACUUGCUGUAAAGUGUCAAUUAGAAUAGAAAAUGGUGGAACAACAUUUUUAUAAUCUAAGUGCACUGAGCUGCUUGGCAAUGUGGCUGCCUCAGAUUUUGUAUCAAAUCUCUGGACAAUUCUGCUGUUCACAUUUGAGCUAUUUGGGAAAACAUGUAUUUUGGCACAGGACACUUGGGUUUCUUUCCAUUCAGUUAUGUUACUCAGGAGUGCCCUGACAGUGGAUUUAAGGCUGUUUAAAUUUGUUGUGCUACGGGUUGUCUUUCAUUUUCUUCCUAGUGGCAUAGUUGCUUACAAGUUUGGGGGUUUUCUUCAGUCUGAAUGUUGUUCAUCUUAAAUGCCUUGGUACAGGGAAGCAGGUAAUGAGGUGUUACGUAUUACAUGGCCCUGGCUGCUCAAAAUGAUUCCAUAUCAUCAUUUCUGUUCUGUCUUUCUGUGGAUAACUCCACUCAAUUCCAGUAUAUGAUGCACCUUUAUGUACUGGCACAUGGUACUGCUAUUAUGAAAUCAGGAUGGCAAUGAAAGGUAAGGAAAACUGUCUGACAGUGGAGCAAGUACAAAGAAGCCUCCAAACCAGUGUCCAGAGAAAAAACCACCAACCCCCCACCCUGCCAAACCCACCAAAAAGAAUGUACCUGAGCUGCCUUCGCUGAAAGAACUCUCUCUGCAUCAACAGCUGUAUCUCUGCUGUGCCCUGUCACUCCUGUGGUCAGAGUUUUUCUCUGUUCCCAUGCUAAGUUCAGCACUUUCUGAGUUUGAAACUCUUUGGCCAUAAUGCCAAAGUAUCCAGACUUCAUCAAUCACCAGAAAACCUCUUCUGAGUUUCCUAAGAUUGCACAGAGGAGAAAUUUGCAAGGCAACCUCUAGCUUACAAACCAUGAAAAAAUGGAAGUCAGUUUAACUGAACAGAACCUCUAUUAGAACAAGCUCCCUGGCAUUGGGAGUAUUUAUUCUGUAAACGUGCAUGAUUUUCUACAUUUUGGGUUUGAAACUUCUCUAACAACAACAAAACAAACUGUAUUUUUAAAUGUAGGUCACCUUUGUGUUAUUUUAAGUGUCCAUGUUACAAACCUGAGAAUGAAGCCUAAUACAUACCAGCUUUUCAAGAAAAUUAGUUCCUGACAAUUGCAUUUAGAUCCUGAGACUUGUCAAAGUGUAUAUAAAGUUGACAAAGUUUCUUUUAUAACUUAGGACUUGUGUGAAGAGUGCUAAUGCAAAAUAUAUUAAUACCUUUUUCUCCUUCUUUGCUAGAUUAAGACAACUUUGAACUAGGAAAAACAUCAGUAUCUGUGACUGCAGAGGGUCUAGUGCCGUUAGAGACAGUGUAGAAGCUUUUGAAUGUGGUAAAAUCCUGUCACCAGUAAGUUACUUCAGGCUGUUAGACUAUGAUAUAAAAGUAUUCUGCAACUGUGGACUUUUGUGAUUAGUUAUCAGUGAGGUUAUUCAUGAGGAUGCAAGUGUUAAGCGAACUGUCAUUUUAGUGAAUGUGCCUCCUAUGACCAUGUGUAUUGUGUGUUACUAGCAUUAGGGUUUGAACCAUGUGCAGAACAGUGACCAAAAUGAUGACACACUGCCCAAAACACAUCUGGUUAAGGUAAGAGGGGUUUUAAGUUACUUUAUUAGUAGCCAUUUCCUCUUAAAAGAUAACCACCUGAUCUGUCUUAGAUAUAAGCUAAAUUUAAAAGAAGCAUGUAAAUACCUACUCAUUCCUAAUGUGAUGUAGUGUAAGCGAACACCAGUGAGACUAGUGACAUGUUUUCUGGCUUAUUGCAAUUGAGAUAAACUAAUGGAUGUUGUAACAACUUUCAGUUAUGUUUAACAAGUGUUCCUUGGAAAGACGAAUAGCUGCUGGCUGAUUCAGUAGCAAUAAAUGAGCCUGUACACACUCAGAAUUUAAUGGCUUCUAGAAUUUAAGGGUCUCUAAAGUGUUACGUGUUAUUUUGUGUACAAGAGGUAGAGUGUGCUAGCAUUCAGAAAUACACUUUUACUCAAAAUCACGAGCCAUAGAGCCUAUUGGAGAAGCUACAAAAGGGUCCAUUUGCACUUGAUUGUAAAACAGAUUCCCAACUAGAGAGAAGGCGUCUUUGCCAGAAACCACCACGGGCCCCAAAAGAGCGUGGCAUGAAUGAAAGGCAAUAUUUAUGAAUGAUUCUUAUACUCAGUCAUCUGUCACUGACAGAAGCUGGAUCUGUGGAGAAAUGAAACCCUUCAAUCCUGUUCAAGCCUCAGACUCAAAUCCUACUCAAAACCUUGGAAUUUGGAAAUACAUCAAAAAACCCCUUUAAUUCCAUCACACUACUCUCAUUUGAAUGUAACAAGUGUUGUAUCGAAGAAGGAUGAACAUAGCAAAUAAUAGUUUUACACAAUAGCCAGGUGCACAUCUUUCCAGGAUAGCACAAUUGUGGCAUUGCUGCACAAUAUGACAAAAAAUCAGCAUUAUGGCAGUGUAAGGAUAUUAUUUAAAUAUCUUAAACCAAUUUUAAGUGGGGUUUUAAGUAUUAAACAGUUCGUAGCUGCUGAUUUGAGGUUUUAUGCUGUCAUUUGGUACUAUUUGCUGUCAUCUGGUACUUCUAAUGUGAAUUGAAAGCUGCUAUUGAAAUACAAUGUAUUGCGUAUCAGUCCUGAUUAAUACAGCAUUUUCACAAGAAUACCACAGACAAUACAAGUGUUCAUCCAUCAAAGAGAAGAACUGCAAGAGUUGGAUACAAAUAAACAUUCUCUCAGAACCACUGUUUUCAGAAUUGUGGAGAUAGAAAACGUAUGUAGGCAAUAUAUUGAUUUAUUAAUGUGCAAUUUUGAUGUCACUCAGUGCCAAAAUGCAUGUUUUUCCAAAUAGCACUAAAACGAGGCAAAUAAAGUAGUUUUCAAAUUGCGACUUACUUGUCACAUUACAAUGUAAACCGAUUUCAACAUUUGGGUUUGUUUUGUGUGAAAACUGUUGCACUAUUUUUGGCUGUAUUUUCCAGCAGUCCACUGCAUGCCAUUUGUGUAAGGACUCUUUUCUUUAAUCCUUGUGAACUGUCUCACCCAUAAUAACCCUGGCGUUGGAAUCUAGGUUUUUGGCAAAGUAUUUUGUUACCUCAGUCUUGUAUCGAGUUGCUGUAUUUUUCAGUUUGUUACAUUGAUAAUGAUUGUUUCACUAAUUAAAUAAUGUAAAAAAAAAAAAAAAAAGGAAGAAAAAGUUUGUUUACUUCAACAGCAAAUUGCAUUUGGUUGUAAGUUGAAAAAUGUGCAGACUGUAUAUGCUGUUAACAAUAAAAUAUUCUGAAAAAGACUAGUAGAGGUAUAGAAGGAACAUGUGAGCUCAAA